CAUCUCAAAUCCCAACGCAUUAGCUUCACUGUAAUUAUUUAAUUUUAGUAUGUGUCUCAGCCACGAGUCUUUCCUACAGUUGUUAGAAAACGUGUUGGGUGGAGGAAGCAUCAGUUCUGGUGGGCAUCUGCACAUUCCCCAAAUCAAAGCUUAUUUUUAUUUAUAAGAAUAUCUAUCUGUACAGUACAGGAGAGAAGAUAGAUGAAGGUCAUAAUCAUAGGCGAGGAGUUGAGAGUGAGUGGGCCUGGUGUUUGUGGAUGAGACAAGACUAGGCUUCUUGGAACCUCACCAAAUAACAGACCCCAGAGUGGAGUAAAACAGUAAUUAAUAAAAUAAUACUAAUAUUAAGAAAAAGAAACAGUGAUGAUGAGCAGAAAAUUAAUGGCGGAGAGGGCGAUAUAUAUCGUCUACGGAUUCAGUUGAAACUCGAAAAACCUGACCUUUUCUUCUCUAUAUUUGGGCUCGCUAGACGGGAAUCGUAUGUGGGAUCUCUUUGAUAUGUGUUAGUACCAUUUUUGGAAAGAAAUAAGUUGAUAUGAAUCCUGAAGAUAGGAUACCUGCAGACCCAUGGAUAAAGUCUACAUCUGGAUUUGAAUCACUCAACAGGCCUCUGAAUGGAAGAUCUUACACUGGCUUCAAUUCACAGGAGCAGAAGUGGGAAGGUGGUUCUUCAUUUAAUGAGUAUGGUGUACUGGUUGAGCAGCAAAUUUCUGAAUUCAAUCAAUUUGGGGCUCGGAAUCUCAUUCCCUGUGAUGUGAAUAAUAACCAUAAGCGAAUGAAUGAUCAUCAAGAGAAGCAGCAGAUGUACAAAGGAAAUGGAUGGAAUGCAGAACACAACUGGGAUCCGAAAGUGAUGCUGAACAAUCUUUCGUUCCUGGAGAAUAAGAUCCAUCACCUUCAAGAUUUAGUGCAUCUAAUUGUUGGGCGCAAAAGGGAUGCUCAGGAUCAACCAGACGAAGUUUUGGUUCAGCAACAGCAGCUCAUCACUGCCGACCUCACUUCAGUUAUAAUCCAAUUGAUAUCUACUGCAGGGAGUCUUCUUCCAUCUGUAAAGCAUACCCUUUGCUCUGAAAGUUCUGUUGCUCAGCAGCUCGGACACUUUGGAGUUACAAAUCCAUCAGCAGGCACUUUGGAGAAUGUGGUUCUCCGGCAUAACACCAGUGUAGGCAUGGUGGAAGAUCGGUCUGGUCAAAGUAGUAAUCUGGAGGCUGAACAACACUGCCCUAUCGAGGACCAUGAAAUGAAAAGUGACGAUGAUGCUGAAGGGGAGAAUCUUCCUCCCGGUUCGUAUGAAAUCCUGCAACUUGAAAAGGAGGAGAUCUUGGCGCCUCACACUCAUUUCUGCACAAUCUGUGGCAAAGGAUUUAAAAGAGAUGCAAACUUGCGGAUGCACAUGAGGGGUCAUGGGGAUGAGUACAAAACACCGGCUGCCCUUGCAAAGCCACAUAAAGAGUCCAGCAACACUGAGCCAAUUCUGAUCAAGAGGUAUUCCUGCCCUUAUGUUGGCUGCAAGCGAAACAAGGAACAUAAAAAGUUUCAGCCUCUGAAAACAAUCUUAUGUGUGAAAAAUCAUUACAAGAGAACCCAUUGCGACAAAACCUACACUUGCAGCCGAUGUCACACAAAGAAAUUUUCAGUCAUUGCAGAUCUGAAAACACACGAGAAGCAUUGUGGCCGGGAUAAGUGGCUUUGCUCCUGUGGGACAACAUUCUCCAGGAAAGAUAAACUAUUCGGUCAUAUCACCCUUUUUCAAGGCCAUACUCCUGCCAUUUCUGUGGAGGAAUCAAAAGGCACUGCUGGAGCAUCUAAUGAAAGACAAUGUGGUGAAACAACGAACAAAAUGGAAGUGCCAGGAGUUAACUUUAAGUCCAACGAUCCAAGCGGAAGCACCUAUCAAACUGCUAUGGAUGUAGAGGAUCCAUCGAGUUAUUUCUCACCUCUGGGUUUUGACACAGGUAAUAUUGGUGGAUAUACUGACUUUCCUCGACCUCCAUUUGAGGACUCGGACAGUGCAUUCUCUUUUCUGCUUCCAGGAUCUUGUGAUUAUCCUCCUAAGAGUGGCUGAUCAAAUAACUAUAGAGUAGAGCUAUUCAUGGGCAGGUGAUUCUCCCCUCCCUGAAUGCUACUAGUAGCUAUCUAUGUAUGUUGUUCAUUGGAAUCUAAUAAUAUUUUCUUUCACUGCAAUC